AUGCUGGAAAUCUUAUGGCUGCCUCCAUUUUGCAAUGUGGUCCGUCACCAUGCAUUUUAAAACCUUGGGCUUAUGACUAUGUGGUUUCAGGUCUGUGUGAGCAGCUCAAACUAACUUUAGAUGAUUUACCAGCAUCAGAAAUCAAAACUUUUUCAGAGAAGUUGUUGCAAUGCAGUUGCAAUGAGGAAGUGCAGUCACUGCUUGGGUCAGAAGAAGGAAUUGAUGUGCUAAUAAGUGUUGGUUCUAGAGUUGUCCCUAGCAAAUGUUCUUUGCAAACCAUAGACAAGAUUCCAAGAUAUUAUGGCUAAUAUAACUGGCUAAUUUCAUAGAAUUGCAAAUGAAUUUACUUUCAACAAAAAAACAUGGAAGAAGGUACUCACCAGAAAUGAAGUCCUUAGCAGUUUCAUUGUAUUAUGCUAUUGGCAAAGCAUAUAGCCUCCUCUCCAAGCUGUUUAUUCUGCCAACAAAGUCUUCAAUUAGACGGUUUGUUUCACGAAUUCCAAUAGCAGCUGGUAUUCCUCAGGCAACCUUAAAUCUGUUGAAAGAAAAAGUGUGUUACAUGAAUGAUAUGGAAAAGCUGUGCACUCUUUGUGUUGAUGAGAUGUCAUUAAAAACACACCUUUACAACAACAUCACAGAAGAUAAGAUUGUAGGAGUAGAGGACUUUGGUGGAUAUCGAACAAAAAAUUGGCAACAUCAGGUCUUGUAUUCAUGCUUCAAAGCAUAUCUGGAGUUUGGAAGCAACCUUUGGGGUAUGUACUUGUUAAUGAAUCUUGUCCAGUUGAUGUUUUGCAAGAUUUGAUCAAAGAAGUCAUUUGCAAGCUUGAUUUGAUUGGGUUGAACAUUUGUGUGGUAAUAUCAGAUAUGGGGUCCAACUUCUACAGUAUGUCACAAAAAUUGAAUGUCACCAACGAGAAGCCAUGGUUUGUUCACAAUGGAAGAAAAAUAUAUUUCUAAUGUUUGAUCCUCCACAUCUGCUCAAGUGCACAAGAAAUAACCUCAUGAACAGCACCUUACAAUUUGGAAAAUAUUCGGCUUGCUGGAAGGACAUUGAAAAUUUUUAUGAGAGAGAUAAAUCUCUAUCAAUUAGAGCAGCUCCUUAAUGAUACUUAACAUUUUAAAAGGUUUCAAGUUUGGUCCCGACUCCAUAACAGGUAACAAGCAGACACUAACAUGGCAUCGAAUUUUGGACGCGUUUAAGUUCGGGUAUGCUUAUCGUCCGUUCAUUGGUGAUCCAGAAUUUCAUCCUAAUGUUGAAAAAUACCAGGAUGUUCAAAUAAAUACAACGUAUGCUGAAGAUUUGCGAAAAAAGCUAUGGAACAAUGAAACACACGAUAGCUUUUACUAUGAAGGGUUUUACUCCACCAGAAAAGACUCUGGGACUACACAUGUAUCAGUAAUUUUGUCAACUGGAGAUGCUGUGUCACUAGCACAGUUGGUUAUUUUUUUGGUGCAAAGAUUCGAUCCUAUACAACAGGGAUAGUCUACAACAAUCAUAUGAGUUCAUUUUCGUUACUAAACACAUCAAAAAAUUAUCAACCAAAAGCGUCGAAAGCCAAGUUUAUUCAACCUGGGAAACGCUCUGUAUGAACAGCUUGUCCAAUUAUAGUUGUUGAUUUAAAAGGUGACGUGAAAAUGGUUCUUGGGGGUUCGGGUGGAUUGAGAAUAAUAACUGGUGUGGCUGUAGUAAGUAAGGAUGAUUCUGUUUUCAAUGUUUGUAUCUUGUGCUCUUUUUUUUAUCUUUCACUGAAUGUGUCACGUGGUUAGCCCGCUGUAACUGGAAACUCUUUGGUCGAGCAAUAUGAAAAAGUAUACAUUAUUACAAAUACACGAUAUUUCUACCCCCAGAGCACCCCAUCCCACUCAACUCCUUUGACAGUAAUAGUUAAUUUUACAAGCGAUAAGCAGUACAUAUCAUUAUGGAUAUUAUUACAUUUGUCAUU